AUGAGCGAUUCCGAAGGAGUAGAUCCACAGCUACAAGAUUUCAUUUUAACAGAAACACAAAAACAACGCUUCCAGGUUUUAGUACAUGGCCUUACUGAUACCUGCUGGGAUACUUGCAUGGGAAAACCUUUGAACCGAUUGGACUACAGGACUGAAGUAUGCAUUAUGAACUGUGUUGAACGUUUUAUUGAUGCUACCACUUUUAUAACAAAACGGCUAAUGAACACAACAAAAUACCGCUCUGAUUCACCUUUGGAAUUUCAAUAG